AUUGACCGUAAAACAAUCAUUCAUGUCUGGAAAACUGUAGAUUGGCAAAAACACGUCCACACUGCCAUUCUAGAUGGAUAUAAUGUUAUAGUUUCUGGCACUUGGAAUCUCAAUGACAUACAAAAUGAUCUUGAUUGGAUGAGAUAUUAUGAACAGAAUAUCAGAGAUUUUGGAGGUGA